UUUUUUUUUUUUUUUUUAAGCGGCGGCAACAUUGUUUGGUGUUUAUUUUGUUUUACGAUCGAUAGCUUCCUUCGCUGGUUCCGGGCGGCUGCUGAACGGCGGAGUGGCGUGGACCUCAUGUAGAAAUGACAACAAUGGAAGGGGCCAGCGGGUCGAGUUUUGGAAUAGACACGAUUUUAUCCAGUGCCAGUUCAGGCAGCCCGGGCAUGAUGAAUGGAGAUUUCCGCCCGCUCGGUGAGGCCAGGACCACGGAUUUUAGGAGUCAGGCCACCCCAUCUCCCUGUUCGGAGAUUGAUACCGUAGGGACGGCGCCGCCUUCUCCUAUUUCAGUCACCAUGGAGCCCCCGGAGCAGCAUCUGGUAGCAGACGCGACCCAGCAUCAUCACCACCUCCACCACAGCCAACAGCCGCCGCCACCGGCCGCGGCCCCGACCCAAAGUUUGCAGCCUUCGCCCCAACAGCAGCCGCCGCCACAGCAGCCGCCGCCGCCCGCCCAGCAGCUGGGCUCGGCCGCCUCGGCCCCCAGGACUUCUACGUCUUCUUUUUUAAUUAAGGACAUCUUGGGCGACAGCAAACCUCUGGCGGCAUGUGCACCCUACAGCACCAGUGUAUCCUCUCCCCACCACACCCCGAAGCAGGAGAGCAACGCAGUGCACGAGAGCUUCAGGCCAAAGCUCGAGCAGGAGGACAGCAAAACCAAACUCGACAAGCGGGAGGAUUCCCAGAGCGACAUCAAAUGCCAUGGGACAAAGGAGGAAGGAGACCGGGAGAUUACGAGUAGCCGUGAGAGUCCCCCUGUGAGAGCCAAGAAGCCUCGAAAAGCAAGGACAGCUUUUUCCGACCACCAGCUCAAUCAACUGGAGCGUAGCUUUGAGCGGCAGAAGUACCUCAGUGUGCAGGAUCGCAUGGACCUGGCUGCAGCGCUCAACCUCACUGACACCCAAGUCAAGACCUGGUACCAGAACCGCAGGACCAAGUGGAAGCGGCAGACAGCGGUGGGCCUGGAAUUGCUGGCCGAGGCAGGGAACUACUCAGCGCUGCAGAGGAUGUUUCCAUCGCCUUAUUUCUAUCACCCAAGCCUGCUGGGCAGCAUGGACAGCACUACGGCGGCGGCGGCUGCCGCUGCCAUGUACAGCAGCAUGUACCGGACUCCUCCAGCACCCCAUCCCCAGCUGCAGCGGCCCCUGGUGCCCCGCGUUCUCAUCCACGGCCUAGGGCCUGGGGGACAGCCAGCCCUUAAUCCCUUGUCCAGCCCCAUCCCGGGCACCCCACACCCCCGGUGAAAACAUUGCAGGAAGGCACUGCAAUCCCUUCCCCAUAUCCCUGCCCAACCCGGACUGCUGCCCUUCCUCUCCCCGCUCCAGGCCACUAGGCCUCCCUUGCAGCCGACUCUGGAAGGCAGAGGAGUAAGAGAGAAAGAUGCUUACCAGUGGGUCGGGGACCCCCAAAGAGGAGCCAGCCCUCUGCUCUCCAUCUCCUCACCCCUAGAAACAGGGCUGGAAAGCUCCCCCACAGCAGUGUGACUGGCGAAAAUGCUGACCCCACUCAAAGUGCGACCAGUAAGUGAAAACAACAAAAACAAAACCUCAGAUUCUUUUAAAAAAAUGACUUUAGGGACAAGCAGGAGGGAGGGAGGGGGGAGGGCUCAGGAGGGAAGAAAGAAGGGCACGGAGCGGAAACCGCACAGGCAGAGAGAACUGUAGAUGGACAGCCAGCCUCAAGUGCUGAGGCAAAGGGCGUUGCCGAGGACAUUCCGUCUGCCCCAGAGAAAAGAGGAGGGUAACUGAGAACUUUGCACUGAUUUCUCAUGACCUUUUUUCUUUUGGAAAAGUGGCAUGCUCCAUAAUAUGAAAAAAAUGUACAUUUGAAAGACUGAGUGAUAAGUGAUAUAUCAUAUUUAUUAUAUGUUGUCCAAAAAGAGUCACUUAUAUACGUUAGUAAAAACAUGAUUUUUCUUUUCAUGUCUUUUUGAUUCAGUAAAAUAAAUGCUUAGACAAAAAUAUAGAUUUUUUUGUGAUUGAAAAUUACAAAAAUAAAGUUUAUCUUUUUUUAACAA